UGAGCUGAUAAAGCGUGAUGUCACCGCGCAGGCGGCGCCGACGCGUCCUCCCGCCGCCGCUGCCGUCGUCGUCAGUCGUCCGCGGCGCGCAAACGCGAGCGCCGUUUUUGCGAUUGUGUGUGCAAGGUCGCGCAACACUGUCUCGAGCCUCGACAGUGACUCGGCGUGAGUGUCGUGCAUGGUGCUGAAGGCGCGACCGUACAGCAUGAGCGAGGCCGAGGGCGGCGAGGAAGGCUCCGGCCGGCGCUGGCCCGUGGGCAUCUUGCGUCGCAGCGGGGCCCGGGCCGCCCGCCGCGUGCUGCACGUCAAGUACCGGAGCGUGCCGCCCUCGCCCCCCGCGCCGCCCGACAUCGACGACACCGUCUCCUGUUUCUGCAGGUGUGUCACUCCUCCACCGGGCCUCGUCUCCCGCGUCUCGUCGCUCGUCUGGAAACGGAAGGCUCGUCGGAAGGAGCGAGAAGGGGAGCCGGCCGGAGACCCGAAGCUGUACCUGCAGGAGGCGCUGCUCGAGCGGAAGCUCCCCGAACUGGACAUGCGCCAGCUCGUCGACCUGCCCCACGGACUCGACUACAACGAAUGGCUUGCUUCGCACACGCUGGCGCUAUUCGACCACGUGAACCUGGUGUACGGCACGGUGUCGGAGUUCUGCACGGCGGCCACGUGCCCCGACAUGACGGGCCCGGGCGGGCGCAGCUACGCGUGGUACGACGAGCGCGGCAAGAAGUCCCGCGUCGCCGCGCCGCAGUACGUCGACUACGUCAUGACCUACACGCAGAAGACUGUCAACGAUGAGACCGUCUUCCCGACUAAAUAUGCGAACGAGUUCCCCGCGCAGUUCGAGGGCGUGGUGCGGCGCGUGGUGCGGCUGCUGUUCCACGUGGUGGCGCACAUGUACGCCGCGCACUUCCGCGAGCUCGCGCUGCUGCGGCUGCACGCGCACCUGCACCUCACCUUCGCGCACCUCACCGCGCUCGACCGCCGCUACGCGCUGCUCGACCACAAGGAGACCGACGUGCUGCGCGACCUCGAGGUGGCGCUGCGCCUGCGCGAGCCGCCCUCCCCGCGCGCCGCCCCCCGCCGCGCCCGCACCGCCCCCGCGCCCGCACCCCCGCCGCGCCCCCGCCGCCCGCGCCCGCGCCGCCCCCCGCCGCCACCGCGUGACGGCCGCCGCCCCUCUGGCACCUACAUUGUUAAUUCUAUUGUAAAUAUUUCGAUCUGUUAAGUAGUUUUAGGUGAUUACUGUUAGUUAUAAUUAUAAUUUGUGAUUGCUUUGGUUGUAAAUAAAAGUGAUAUUUGUUUUACUAAUAAACGAAAAGCUUUA